AUGUUUACGACUCUACGAAAUGCCAGGCAGACACGGUGCAAAGAAACAGAAGGUCAAGGACAUAGCGUUUACUACGGAGCAAAUCCAAGAUGCCAACUACUUUUCCUGCUAUGGUCAACGAGCGCAGUGAUGAUGAGUUGCAGCGGCGCAGAGAUCACGUGUCCGGAGGAGUGCACCUGCCGCAGUACGUUCGACCCGGAGGCUGGCGCGGCUGUGCGCGUCUCCUGUACGCGCGGUCACAUGCGCCUCAUUCCUGUCGACUACAUCGAUAGAAAUGCACACAUCAUCAUAAUAGCUGCCCCACCCGACAAACCAAACGAGCUUACAAUCGGCCCUAUUUUCACACAACCUACGCCAUUCGUCAACCUCAGAGAACUCCACAUCGUUAAUUCUAAUGUCCCGUCCAUAGGACAAUAUUCCUUUUGGGGGCUACAAAACCUGAGGUUGAUAAACCUCACACAUAAUAAUCUCACCAGUAUCGGAGCCGACAACUUCCGAGGCCUCAUAAAUCUUACUGACUUGUACCUGGAUCAUAAUAAUAUAGAACAAAUGCCUAGUGAGACCUUCAGGCAUUUAACGUCGUUGAAGACGCUGACUUUAUCAAACAAUGAGAUUACCAUUUUGGUGCCGAGGUUAUUCAGAAUGCUGGCCAAACUUCUCGUUUUGGACCUGAGUCAUAACCCACUUGCUGAGCUGAAUCCAGAAGUGUUUAAGGACAUCCAACACCUACGAAUCUUCAAGUGUAGAGGCUGCUUGCUGAGACGGAUUAAUACUCAGAUUUACCAUUUAGUCGCCAAUUUGGAAGAAUUAGAUUUGGGUGACAAUCAAUUCAAAUACCUGACUUCCGACGAGUUUAUAAGUUUAAAACGGCUUAAAAAGUUAAAGUUGGACGGUAAUCAGCUGUCUGUGAUCGUAGACAACAUGUUCGGGCGGAACCGCGAGCUACGCGUGCUGUCGCUGGCACGCAACCGGCUCGCCCUGCUGGCGCCCGCCGCGCUCGCCAACCUCACCAACCUGACGCACCUCGACAUUAGUCACAACAAGAUCGACCGCUUUCAUUUGCAGACCUUUGCUCCGGUUGUGGACUGUUUAAAAACUAUCAAUUUUAGCGGAAACAAUUUAGCUCUGAAUGAGAUAGCGAUCUUACUUCAAAUUUUACCAGAGAUCCACGGUGUUGGACUAGCAAAUCUAUCUCUCCCAGAGAUACCGCCAAAUUUCUUUACCUAUAAUGAACACCUUGUAGCUCUCGAUAUCUCUUGGAAUAAAUUAACCAUUUUUCCAUACAAACUACUCACAAAAACAAAAUUUCUGCAAAGACUGGAUAUAUCCCACAAUAAGUUGCAAACAUUAGGUGAAAUGGACUUGCAAAGACUGGAAGCAAUUGCACAAGUUAACUUGGUCAAAAAUACGUGGCACUGCGAUCAGUGCUCAGCUGGCACAAUGUUAGUUUACAUGACUACUACUGUCCUAAACUCCACUCUACGUCAGCUUAAAUGCUACUCCCCAUUACGUCUGCGGGGAGUAAGCUUCGCUGAGAUGUCAUUCGACCGUCUUGACCCGUGUCCAACUACUCACGAAGCACAGAUGAGCGUGAUAGCGGGACUCAUGCUGCUGUGUGUGGCCGUGCUGGCGGCUGUGGCGGGCGCGCUAUGCUGCACGCGCCGUCGCGCCGCCCACUACUAUACCAACGAGGAGAAGCGGCGCGAGCACGAGCACGAGCACCCGGACGAGCUGCUGGGCCAUACGGAGCUGGGCAGCGUUGCCACUAUCCACGCGCCGUAUCACCUGGUGCCCAAAGGCAGCUAG